UAGGGGCCGGUGAGGGGGCAGUGGUCCCCUCAGCAGUCAUGGGGGUCGCACUCCCUCCGCAGGUCCCGAGGCUCUGCUUGCGUCAUGCAAUUCCUCUCGCUAUCUUCGCGCUUCUGCUUCUUUAUCUCUGGACUCGGAGCCUUCGUGAGCGGUCCCUUCCCUCACCUGCUCCGGGAGGAACCCAGGAAUCCGGGCUCUGGGGACCGAAGACUCCUCCUAGAGCCCUCAAUUCUUUGUCUCGUCUCUCCCCAGGCGCCCUCUCAGGCUGUGGAUCGGGGACGCAGACCUGCAUUGCCGAGGGACCGCCGCCUUUACAGGUCCGGAAACAGCCGGGACCCCUGGAGGGCCUGGAAGGGGAAGAGUCUCAGUGUCUGGGCCCCCAGGGGAUGCUGGGCCGCAUGGUGAGGCCGUUCCACGCCAGUAUGAACCCCGAAGGGGAUGUGGAGUUGUCGCAGUAUCUGGCAGGAUGGAGGGAGCUAGUCAGGUUCCUAAUUCCCCUCGGCUCCAUCUACGCCUUCGCCACCAGUGAGGCCUUCGCCAAAGUGACUGCCCUCGAGGCUCUGGUGCAUGGCCCAGAGGCCGCGCACUACACGUCGCUGGCGACCAUGGUGGCGUGGGAGCAGCCGGGGAUCGCCUCUCGAGACUCGGCCAGGUGCCCGGGCUCAUUAACGAUGCUCUUGCUGCACCGUGCGCUACGCUGGUCGCAGCUCUGCCUCCAUCGUGUGGCAACCGGGACUCUUGGAGGCCCAGACGCCGGCGCGCAGUGCAGCGACGCCUAUGGCACGGCCCUGGCCCCGCACCACCCCUGGCUCGUCCGUCAGGCCGCCCACCUCGCAUUCCUCGCCUUCCCGGGACGCAGCCGCUUGCUCGAGCUGGCAUGUCCGGGAGCCAGAGAAGCGGAGGCGCGGGCCGCGCUUGCCCGGGCUGCGGGCACCCUGGAGGAUGUCUACAACCGUACUCAGACCUUGCUGGCCGAGCGAGGCCUGCUCGAGCUGGCCUGAUGCCUGCAGGCCAUUGGAAAAAGCGCCCUGGGGCGGGGUGGGAGCAGCUCCCGGUCGAACCCUUGACAAAGCCUUUAGGCGCCGGGGCGGGGCCUAAUAACCCGCCUCCUUUGUGACGUCACCGCCCUUGAAGGCCCGCCUCAGCGGAGGUGUGGUUUUUUAGCCCCUCCCUCUUCCCGGAGUCUUGGGGAAAAGGGAGGCGCUGUGAGGAAUAAAAAGUAUUCGUUGGUUGCCGUCGAGUUAGGACGUUUUGCGUGAUGACGGCAGGCAUUUAAGGGAUAUAGGAAAAAAAUGGAUAUGGAAAAAUGUGUCAUCCUUGUUCCUGGCAGCCGAGAGAUUCACACGCCCCUGGCCUAUCUCAACCAUUCCUACGCCAACUAUAUGCCAAGUCUCUAGCCCAGAGCUUUCCCAGGAACUCCAGGCCCCAUAAAGCUAACUCUUUCCUGGACACCUCCACAGACACCGCAAAUGCAGCACGUCCAAUACGUGUCCAAUCAUCUCCUCCCAGAAUUGCACCUUUCCUUAUGUUUCCUAUCUCUGUGAAUAAAUGACCCCCUUUAUGUAAGCUAUCCAAGGCUAAAACCUUUGCGUCUUGCCUCAUGUCAAGCAGGCGCUCAGCUCAAUAAUGCAUGUCUAAUAAAAGGCUAGUAUGCAGAAUAUAAGAGGGACUCCUACAACUCAACAAUAAAAAGAUAAGCCAAUUUAAAAAUGGGCAAAGAACUUGAAUAAAUAUUUUCCCAAAAAAGAUAUACAAACGAUCACUUAGCACAUGAAAACUUGUUCAACAUUAUUAAUCAUUAGGAAAAUGCCCCCCCAAAAAAACCACAAAAUACCACUUCACACGCAUUAAGAUGACUAAAAUAUAAAAUGCACAAUAGCAAUUAGAAAGUGGAGAAGCUGGAUUCCUCAUUCAAGACCGGUGGGAAUGCAAAAUGGGGCAGCUGCUGUAGAAAGUUGUCAGUUCCUCAAAAUAUUAAAUAAAAAGUUACUACAUGACCCAGCAAUUCCUCCGAGGACCGAUAAGAAAGCAGUCUUUCCAAACUUACUUGUUUUGUUUUGAUUUGGUUUGGUUUGUUGUUUGC